AUGGCUCCUAUCCAAGACCUCAACGACAACACGCUCUCUCCUCAGGCUGACAAGCAAUACGUCGCUGACAUGAAGAAAGAGCUCUUUAUCACUAAACUGCUCCUCGGGCUCAUCGUGGUCGUCUGCACCCUGUCCUUUGGGUACACAAUCUACGCCACGGUUAAGCCCAAGUAUGAGGAGAAAUGGAAGCCGAAGCUUCGGGACUGCAAGGAAAAGUAUACGGACUGGAAGGAGAAGAUCACCUGGCAUGCCAAAGAACCAAAAGCGCCAGCGCCUGCUCAUGUGGCUCGCCAUGUCUCUGAGGCUCCGGAUGUCAACCAGAUCGUGAGUGAUCUGACUCCGGGGUACACGAAGAUGUCAACGGCGGGCAUCGUCUAG